AUGCCGCAGCAUUCGAAUGGUCGCCAUAAGAGGGCCGUUCCCGCUCCUCACAGCACGGAUAGUGCCGAACCGCGACUUGUAUGCGGUGGAAUCACCCUCGCGGGCGUCGUUGCCCUGUCGUCAAUGCUUGCAGCCCCUGUCUCGGGGCAAUCAUGCUCGGGCGUCACCGGCCGGUUCCAGCCGAAAAUGGGUUCGGGAUACCGGUACAGCGUGCUAGCAACCGGACUUCGAAACCCGCGGCACAUCGCGGUGGACUCGGCGGGUAAUCUGUUGGUGACUGAGGGAGCGACCCAGGGCGUCAGACGGUUGGUCUUGGAGGACCAGGGCGACAUUGUGUGCGUCCAGUCCAACACCCAGAUCAUCAGCGGAUCCACCAACCACGGGAUUGCGCUUAGUGCCGAUGGCAAAACGCUCUUCACCUCCAACCUUGCCAGUGUGACUGCAUACUCCUACGAUGCUAGCACCGGCCAAGUUGGGCAGGGCAAGCAGAUCGUGACGGGCAUGUCCUUCCAGGGAACGCACCCGACUCGAGCCAUUGCUACAUCCAAAUGGGACUCGGACACCAUCAUCGUGGCCCGUGGAUCACAGGCCAACAUCGACACGAGCACCACUGACAAGGCUGCCGCCCGUAGCAUGAUCAAGUCCUUCAGCAUUAGCCAGGGUAUGCAGAGUGCCUACGACUACAACACGGCCGGCGAGAUCAUCGGCUGGGGUCUCCGCAACAUUGUCGGUAUGACCGAGGAUCCCAACUUUGGCGGUUUUUGGUCUGUCGAGAACCAAAUGGACGACGUCAAAAUCAGCGGGCGCGAUAUCCACAACGACAACCCAGCCGAGCGGCUUAGCUACCACGGGGUGCUCAACGCGACCGACAACAAGUACAAGGGCCUGAACUACGGCUACCCGUCGUGCGUGCCGGCAUGGGACGCAGCGGGCGUCGGCAUCGACGGCCUGCUGGUCGGCAGCCUUUUCAAGCCCGACAACGUGCCCGACGUCUCCGCCGACGAGUGCGCCAACAACCGCAUGACGGGCCGCCUGCACUUCCACGCCCACACCGCCCCGCUCGACAUCAAGUUCAACCAGAACAGCACCGCCGCGUACAUUGCCUUCCACGGCAGCUGGUAUGUCUCCCUUGGACCCUUCACCCGCCAUAUCUCGUAA